GUAGUAGCACGCGCGCUCCCGGGGCCUACACUCGGCCGAGCCUUUUAACUUCGCAAUCUCGUUCAACCCCUCGCGACCGGUAAAAACUGGAAACAGACGGACACAUGCGUGUGCGCGCUUCGUUCGGUUCAACCAUCACUGCCCAGUCCCCACAUCAGCCAGGACAAGGGACUGAUUACAACUGGCGUGGCGCGCGCACAGCUGGCUCUUGUUGUUUAUGUAAUAGCCGUGUUUCUGGCACGAGCUGACGGUGACAUUAAAAUAUAUGCGUUGUAUUCGUUUUGAUGACGGAGCAGUUCAUGCUUUGAUUCCAGCGGAAUUUACCGGCGGGAAGUGGGAGGAGGGGUGUCUCCUGCGCUCCUGUCACAUGCACGCACAGCACGCACACAGCUCUGUGAAAUCGGCGCACGGAAAAUCUGUUGGAAUACGGUGCGUCUCGCACUCUUAACCUAUCUACUGUGGGGAGUCCGCGGGUGCGGACAGAGGGCAGGCGGGAGGGAUAAAGUCGAGAAGGUGCGGUUAUAACGAGAGUAGACGGUCGGUAUUCAGAGAGCGGGGAGCUGUUCUGAACAGUAGCCGCCUCGGAACAACCCAACCCCUGAAACAUCUACAGCUGUGGCCCGCUGACUGACAGAGGGAUGGACAGGAAGGAUUAACGUCGAGGGGGAGACAGAGAAGGAGAGAGAGGAGGGGAUAGCGGGAUAGAGACAAGAUAGCGGUCGAGAGAGGAUGGGUAAAGACCAGGAGCUCCUCCAGGCGGUGAAGACCGAGGAUCUACUUACAGCACAGCGGCUUCUCCAGCGACCCAGACCGGGGAAAACCAAGCUGCUGGGAACUGCCAAGAGGAUCAAUGUAAACUUCCAGGAUGCUGACGGGUUAUCUGCGCUACAUCAUGCAGCUCUGAGUGGGAACAAGGAGCUGAUAUCUCUUCUCCUCGAGUCUCAGGCCACUGUGGACAUCAAAGACCAGAAUGGAAUGCGGCCACUGCACUAUGCAGCAUGGCAGGGGAAGACUGAGCCAAUGAAAAUGCUCCUGAAGGCGGGAUCAUCAGUCAACAUCCAAUCAGACGAGGGUCAGAUCCCCCUGCACCUAUCAGCACAGCAUGGACACUAUGAUGGGUCUGAGAUGUUGCUCCAACACCAGUCCAAUCCCUGUAUCUCCGACACGGCGGGCAAGACGCCCCUGGACCUGGCCUGUGAGUUUGGACGAGUGGGGGUGGUGCAGCUCCUGCUUAGCAGUAACAUGUGUGCCGCGAUGAUUGAGCCGAAGCCAUCUGACCCAAACGGAAUCUCUCCUCUCCACCUUGCCGCCAAGAACGGUCACAUCGAUGUCAUAAGGUUGUUGAUCCAGGCUGGUAUUGACAUCAAUCGACAGUCUGAGUCUGGGACAGCCCUCCAUCAGGCUGCUCUCUGUGGCAAGACUGAAGUGGUACGCCUCCUGCUGGACAGUGGUAUCAGUGCGGGAGUUAGAAACACUCUGUGUCAGACGGCGCUGGACAUCGUUAACCAGUUCACCACUACACAGGCCAGCAGGGAGAUCAAGCAGCUACUCAGAGAUGCUUCAGCAGCGAUGCAGGUCAGAGCUCUGAGAGAUUACUGCAACAACUACGACCUGACCAGCCUCAACAUCAAAACAGGAGACAUCAUCACGGUUUUAGAGCAACAUUCUGAUGGGCGGUGGAAGGGGUGUAUCCACGACAACCGGACAGGAAAUGACCGGAUUGGUUACUUCCCUUCCAGUAUGGUAGAGGUCAUCAACAAGAGGCCGGGCCCCUCCCUUUCCCAGCAGAGUCACACCCUCCUGCUGCGUAGACACGCCCCCUGCCCCUCCCCCUGCCUCGUUACCACGGUGAAAGGACACCCCUCUCAUUUCCUUCCUCUGCCUCUUCCUCCGAAUCCACUUGUCACCCAAACCAUGCCCCUAUUCUCCUCUUUUGGCUAUACCUCGCUCCCUCUCUCUCCUCCUCACCUCUCCCCUCUCCCUUUUGGCCUCAACCCUCCUCCUCUCUGUCCUCCUCCUCUCUCCUCCAGUCUGGAGCAGCCAAGCCUGCAAGGUUCUCGGGGCUCUGAGGCCAGUCCACAUGGCUCCCCCACCCUCAGCCAACAGGGAGGGACCGACCAGGAUGUUUGGGUGCUACGGAAACCCCUCGCAGGUGGUGACCGCAGCAGUAGUGUUGGAAGCCUGGGUAGUGUUCGUUCCCUCGGCAGCGUCCAGAGUUCUGGAAACACACAACAUGCCCUGAACACGCCUCCUCUGGCCGCCGUAGCACACGCUACUAACACGCCUCCUCCAGCAGCGGCUGCACACGCUACUAACACGCCUCCUGGCAGUCUGAAUACACAUGGCCUCAAUGCUCCGGGUCUCCACGCGCAGGCGGAGGGAGUUAAGGUGUGUUCGUGUGUGUUUCAAGGGUGUGAGUUUCAGCUCCUAGCAACAGUCAUCUCCCAGUCAGUCAAGGCGAAGGAGCAUUUGUUGGAGCAGUCCAGAUCUUUGGAUCAGUCUACACCAGUUAAGAGACCACCUGGUUGUCCUCCUGAGCAGCGCUCCUUUGAUCGGAAGGCAGAGGAAGAUGCUAAGAGUGAAGCGGUAGUGACCUGGCUGACUGACUGUCAGCUGCAUUUCUACACCACUCACCUCCUGACCGCUGGCUAUGACCUUGACACCAUUAGCCACAUGACCCCUGAGGACCUAACAGCAAUCGGGAUAACUAAACCCGGCCAUCGUAAGAAGAUAAUAUCAGAGAUCAGCAAACUGCCAUCUGGUGACUGGCUGCCUGACCAGAAACCUGCCAGUCUGGCCCAGUGGUUGUCAUUGAUUGGUCUGAGUCAGUACUAUCAGGUUCUGGUGCAGAAUGGAUAUGAGAACAUCGACUUCAUCACCGAAAUCAGCUGGGAGGACCUGCAGGAGAUAGGAAUCAUUAAACUAGGUCACCAGAAGAAGUUGAUGUUAGCAGUGAAGAGGCUGGGGGCGUUACAGGGUGGAGAGAGGCAAUCUGAGCCCAGGACUCCUCCAUUAUCCACCCCUCCCCCCUCCACGCCUCCAUCCUUUACCCCUCCCCCCUCUACCCCUCCUCCCUCCAUUGGAAGGUGCCAGAAACCUCCCCUCGCCAAACCUCGGCCUGGGAUUGGUUCCUCAACACCACCCACCUCCCCACCUCACACACCCACCAAGGCACAUCUCUCCUCCCCCAAGGCUAGAGCCCGCCCUUCCACACAGCCCCUACCAACUGAAUCGCCAAUCCAGGAAGGGGUGUCAGUUCCUUUACUCUGCCUACCAAUGGAGGAUGAGCGUCAGCAAACUAACAGUCUAAUUGGCUACUCUGGGUGUGAAGCAGAUGCUCACUCUGUUCCAGACUCCGCCCCCAGAUAUGCUACUGUCUGCCGCAGCAGCUCGGCUCGUAGCCCCACUGCUAACGAUGCCCUUGUCAACCGCAGCCAAUCAUCAGUCACUCUGCGGCCAAGGAGAAAAGGACGGCCCCCAACUCCACCCAAACGGUCCUGUUCCUCUAUCUCUGGGGGUGAUGGACUAGGAGAGGGGUUAGGGGAUGGGCUGGUGGAGGGGCAUGGGGGGCUUCUGGGGGCAGGGUUAGGGGAGGGGUGGUUCAGAGAGAGAAGAGCGAGUGACUGUGGAGGUAUGGCAGAGAGAAGGAGAGAGGGGGAGGUGAGUCUGAUGAGGUCAGAGGGUGUGGGGGGGAGUGUCCGCAGCAUCGCCGCCAUGUUGGAGACGUCAAUGGGAGGAGCUGGGACAGGAGGGGGAGGAGCUAAAACCCUCCCAAGAACCAUGGGGGGCAGUGCCAGCUACCUCAACCCAUCUCAGGUGAGUCCGGCAGCAUUGCGUCGUCAGGCAGGGUCUGGUGGUCUGGGGUCCGAUGAUGACAUCAUGAAUCGUCGUCGGACAAUCAGCGGCCCUCUUCCUGACCAGACCGACCCUCAGACCGAGUCUCCACCUCCACACACAAAUCCAUGCCCAGAACCACGCCCAGAACCCCGCCCACGUUCCACGGUUGUUAUCCCAACAGCGGAGGGGCUUAUUACAGAUGGAACAGCAACCAUAAAUCGAAGGAGGAAGCCCCGCCCUCUACACUACUCUGACGGCGAGAAGUUCCAUUUGACAGAGACAGACACCAUCCGGCGACGCCCACGCAGCAGAGAGCUUUGCAAUGACCAACCAGAUGACAGCACUGGCAACAGCCAACCAGCGAUUAGCACUACCAGCAUCAACCAAUCAGCAAGCCGCACAUCUGGCAGCCUCCAACCAAGCAGCAGCCGGAAGACCAUUGACCAAGCAGAGACCUGCAGGCCAAGCUUUGACCAAUUGCAUCGUGGACUACUGGCCCCCCAGCAGCUGAACGGAGGGGUUGACCAAUCACAGCGAGUUGUUCUGCGAAGGAGGCCAGUUUCCGAGGCGGAGGUGGAGGCGGCCUCUCGGAGGGAGAACUGUGAUUGGUUAGAAGUCAGGAGCCCACUGAAGCCACCAGUUUCUCCGAAACCCUGGAUUGCUGUGAGGAGACAGCAGCCCCAGGACCCUCCAACCCCAACGAGGCGAGUACCCCUGCCAGGGCCCGAGGUCGACACUCCUGUGGAGCCAAGGCGGUUGCCUCCCCCGGUCUCCCCUAAACCCAGCCCUCCCCCCACCGCUCCUAAACCCACCAAGCCCUCUCUGUCCUCUCCUCUGUCCUCCUCAAGCCCUCUCCCUGUUUCAGACCUCCCUCACAACUCCUCCCCUGCCACCACCCCUUCCACGCCUCAGACCCCCUCCACUCCCGGCUCGACUCCCCACCCCAUCAAACCCCCCCGCUCCUCCAUUGCCGGGCUCUCUGUGGACCUAAUGGGAGGGAAGGAAGGUGAGGAGGUACUGAAAGAGGAUGGCAGAGAAGUAGAGAAGGUGGAGGUGGAUAGGAGAGCAGAGAGAAGGAGAGCAAAAGAAGUGGAGCAAGCCAAGGAGCAGAAUCCAGAAGAGAAGGAGGAGGAGCAUCAUCAAAGGCUGGAGGAGACCAGCGCCUCCCUAGCAGCAGCUCUGGAGGCUGUGGAGCAGAAGAUCAACCAGGACGACACACACAACCAUUGUCUUGUAGAGGAGAAGACAGUCAAUAUUCUGGAUGACAUUGGUAGCAUGUUUGACGAUCUGGCCGACCAGCUGGAUGCUAUGCUGGACUAAAGUUGCUACCGUUGCCGUGGCGAUCAACCCAGAGGUCCCCCUCGUACCCCAACUGUUCCAGGGUGCACUGUGGCUCCUGAUAGAACUAUUCCUGUGUGUUCAUCAUAGGGCUUUGGCCAACCAUGUUGAUGUUACUGUGGUGAUGUUACCGUGGUGAUGGGUGAUGGGUAUUCCCAAAGCAGGAAGUUGUUGAUGUUAGUAUUCUCCCUCCUCCCCUCGUAAUGGUCAAGGAGUUUUCUGAAAGCACAUAGAUUGACUGACAGACAACCGACAGACUGUGACCUAAUCCAGCAGACGGACAGACAAUGAUCUAAUAUAGUCAAUAUAGUCUGAUCUUAUAGGCGUUACAGAAACAGUUGAGAGGCCUACAUUCAUGUUCUGGAUAAGUUUCUCUCCUGCACUGUUCAACCAAUCCUAUAGAUGUUGGGCAUGAGUUAAAAUGGAGUGUUAACUUAUAAAUGUCCAAAAGGAGCAAUUGAGACAGACACUCUUUUAUUUCCCCUGAAACCCGAUCUUUCUACUGUGGGGCUCCAGAGGAUGAGUACAGACAGAAUAAGUUAAGCACAGAAAGACAGACAGAUAGACAAAAUGAGUAAAGCACAGAAAGACAGACAGACAGAAAGAGUUAAGCACAGAAAGACAGACAGACA